CGAACACACUCCGCGCUCCCGCUGCUGGGUGGAUGAGCACAAGGGAAGGGGGGAGGAUGCGCUCUCGCACCGAGGAGUUGGAGGAGCUGGAGAUGCGCGCCCCGCGGGAUGCAGUGCGCCAUGAUCGCAGCCCGCUCUGCCGUUAGCGCUCCGCGUGGGAACGUGGACGGGGUGACAGGCAUGUGAACCAGCAAGCAUGUGUUCUGCCAUGGAGGAGUGAAGGAAUAAGACGCCCUGCAAGGCAUCAGCUACAGUACAAUGCCUGUCCACCAGAUCUCUGUGGUCCCGGCCAAAGAGACAGCCAACAAUGGGAGAAGUUCCGGCAGGGGCAAAGAGAGAAACAAGGACGAGAGUGACAAAGCACCCCGGCGUUCAGGAAGUCGAACCAGCAACAUUUCAAAGGCAAGCAGCUCGACGACGGGAAUAGGACCCAACAGCGUGUCACGGACCUCGGUCACACCUUCUUCUCAGGACAUCUGCAGCACUGGGGCUUUGCCUAUGGUUGAGGAGGAUGGUUCAGAGCAGCUCACGCCCGUCAUGGUUCUGACUAACGGGUGCCAGCCGGGCGCCAAGCGCCAGGUGAAGAGACGCCACCGCAGGAGGAAGGAGCCGUGCCAGCCCUGCGAGUGCCUGGACAGGCCCCGGGAGCCCGAGGAGAGGACGCCCCGGAGCCGGCGGGAAUACUACCGCCAUCGCGGAGGCUACCCGCGGGACUGCGGCGGCGACUCCUCUUCGUCAGAGGAGGAGCAGAACUGGAAGCAGGCGCGCAGCUGGAGCCGGGAGCGGGCGCGGCGAGCCAGGCGCCGAGAGCAGGAGAAGCCCCGGAAGCCCCAGGAGCGCCAGGCCGUGGAGCUGCUUUCGGUGGGCUCCGACGAGGGACCGGCUGCGGGGAAGGAGCGACCCUCUCCGCAGGAGACCGCCGGCACGGGUCUGAAAAACCGCCGCCGGCCAUCUGCCAAGAGGGACGAGCGCCACCCUCACCCGCGGAGGAGGACGCCGAGCCGCAGGGAUCCGCCCAAGAGGGGGACCGGCCCCGGGAACUCCUCGCCUGCCGAAGAGGACCGCAUCACCAAGGCUUACGAAGAGCGCGGCUCCGGGAACGAGACCCUGGCCGCUCCAACUGGCCGAGGGUCCCCGUGUCACAACGGCGCGGCGCAGCAGUGCACGGAUGAUGAGUUGGAAGUGUGCAGGAUCUGCCACUGCGAGGGGGAUGAGGAGUGCCCCCUCAUCACGCCGUGCCGCUGCACGGGGAGCCUGCGCUUCGUGCACCCCGACUGCCUGCACCAGUGGAUCAAGAGUUCGGACACGCGCUGCUGCGAGCUCUGCAAGUACGACUUCAUCAUGGAGACGCAGCUCAAGCCGCUACGCAAGUGGGAAAAACUUCAGAUGUCUACACGUGAGAGAAGACAGAUUUUCUGUUCAGUCACUUUCCACAUUAUAGCCGUCAUCUGCGUGGUGUGGUCGCUGUAUGUGCUAAUUGACAGAACAGCCGAGGAGAUCAAACAGGGAAGAGAGAAUGGCGUGCUGGAGUGGCCGUUCUGGACGAAGCUCAUUGUCGUGGCCAUUGGAUUCACCGGAGGCCUGAUCUUCAUGUACAUUCAAUGUAAAGUUUACCUGCAGCUGUGGCGGCGUCUCAAAGCAUACAACCGGAUCAUCUUUGUGCAGAACUGUCCGGAUACCGUCAAAAAAGGAGAGGAGAAGACUGUUUCCGCCAACCAGCUCAAUGGCAAACAUGACUCUGUGGAGGUUCCCGUGCCCCAGACAGAAACAAACUCGCACAGACCACCAGGAGGCGCUGCCGUCCCAGAAGUGGCACCCGUCUGACCGCCUGCUGCUCGUUCUUGUUUUUCCCCAGUUUGUUUCUGAGAUGUAAAGUUUCAAGGACAAGAGCCACUCAGUUCUGUCAAGCUCACGGCAGUGUUAUAAAUAUUUGCAGACCAUUCCUCAGAAGUAACAGAGCGUAGCGGUUCCUGUAAGGGUUGAGUGCAAAACGAGCAUCCCAAUUAGCAUAAAGCACCAAAGAGUUUGUACUACGGGAGUCGAACGCAGGGCCGCGCUAGGCGGCCAUAAUAUAUGUAUUUUUUUUUUUCUUAUCUUGAAUAUAGAUUUGAAUUCUAAUCAGUGUUCAAAAAACUGAGUAUGUGAAGGGAUUUACAGAAAUUAUGGAAAAAUCCUUCUUUUGCUUAAAUAACGGAGAAUUAGGAAAACGAGAGGAACGCCGAGCAUUUUAAAACGCGCUUCGGCCCGAGGCUGAGGAGACGGCACUAAUGGGCAACACCCCGGGCAGGAAGGAUAUGGUUUCUCUAUAUUUACCAUUUACAGGGUAUUUUACGUUUUCUUUCACGUAUGUGAACGUGCAUCUGAAAUGUGAUGAUAUUUGUGGUGUAAUCGGAUCAAGCGGCUGGCCUUUUGGCGUUCCCGUGGGGUGCGUUUUUCCAAUUUUGCUACCAAUAGGCGCGCACCACAUCGAAAGCCGACGUCGCCCAGCCGUGCAAGACGAGCCACCGAUCGCCAGUAGUCGCCGGUAGGCAGGAUCCAGUGGACUAUGUGCUGAGCACGUAGCUCGGCGUAAGGGAGCGUUUUUGAAAAUGUAGCUUCGCACUCGUCACUCGUGUUCGUAACUGAGAGCAGGCGGCUGAAUGAUAAAGCCUGAAGUAGGAGCACAUUAGGGGACUGAAGGAGUACGGGGACGUGUAUGUGCGUUGUCUGUAAAUACUAGUUAAAUGUUUGUUUUGAUAAACAUGUCAGAGAAUGUCUGUUGUUAAAAUAUCUUCUGAACACAGUUUUCGUAAAAAGAGGUUGCAGCUUACCCAUAAAUCCACUACCAUCAAUGUGAAGAUCAGUAUUGUUGCAAAGCGAGAAGACAAGCACGGGAGGAUAACAUCAUGUAUGCAUUGAAACUUUACCCUUGGUUUUUUACCCCAGUUUUAGUACCUGCGCACUAUGGCCUUGUGUCUGCCAGCAGGCAGAAGGCAGCUAAUUUAGGCUCCUUCGACUGACGUCGCAGCCAGCGCGGCCACGCGAAUCGCCAACGAGGUGAGGUACGUGACUCUCGCUGGUGUUAACUGGUAACUUACACAUCCCUAACAGACUGCACAACACUGGGUGUUAUGAGCAGCCAAGCAGAGAAUCUGAGCCACGGCUGCUGCUCCUGCAGUGGAUCGACCCCAAGUUACUUGACCACUAGGGGGCUCCCUGCCUCAAUCGGUGGAUUACAUAGCUAGCCCAAAUUCGAACCGUGGUCACGCCUGCGGGAGUCGACAUACUAACAAGCUGAGCCACUGGGGAGACCCAGUCUAAUUUAGUUUGUCUUCAGUUGUUAGGAAGGGGUGGGUAGUGUGCACAGCUAACUAGCUACCAGCAUGCAUUUAUCUUUCCUAGCUAGUUAAAAUUGAUGCACAAUGUUGUCAUUGUGGCAAUAAAAAUUACAUUUAUGCAAGAAACUCUGAUAAUAGGAAUUUUUUGACCUAGACCCCACUUAUCUACAAGUCAUCAAUGAGCUCAAUGUGCAGCUUCUAAAAUAGAGAUUUAUGAGAAAUAUAUAUUUGAUAAGAUAAUCAUACCGAUAGAAUGAUUUUGGUAAACUGUUGUCAAACCUUUUAAGUGAGUUGAAUUGUGUUAAGUGAGCAGCCACAAUCAUGACACUUGCAUUUCUUUGGAGACCUAUUGACAUUAAUUUGUAGCGCACAUUUUCAUUACAUGGUUUACAUUUUUUGUAACGAUUCAAAUUGGAAUAUUUUGACUGUUCAAAAUAUGAAAAGUGGCUGAGUUUCCUAUAAAGGUAAUGGUGCACACUAUGCCAAUAAAAAUAUGGUUAUCAUGCAUUAACAUUACUUGUUGGCUUUUCCAAAUUUGGGUGUAAAUACAUACAUGUAUAACAAGCAGUGCAAUAAAUUUGUGUAUGUA